AUGGGAUCAGAUCGAAGGAUGUAUGCUAGGUUAAAAGACGGCCUACUGACCUCAGAAUUCAUAGAAGGUAUUGAACAAUUCAUAACAUUUGCUAAGCAACAUCCAGAGUGGAUGGAUGGGGAUAAACUGAAGUGUCCAUGUAAUCAUCGAAACUGUCAAAAUCGUAACUAUGCUGAUGAGAAUACAAUUAGGUUACAUUUGAUGAAGCAUGGAUUCAUGCCAUAUUAUUAUAAAUGGAUUCUACAUGGGGAACCACACAUAAGUAAUAUUAAUAGUCAAAACAUAAAUGUUAUGAUAGAAGAGCCUGUUCAAGAGGUUGAUAGUAGCACAAGCAAUACAUAUGAGCAAAUGGUAAUGGAUGCAGCAGGUCGUGGUUUCUUUCAAGAUGUAAUGGAGGAACCUCUGAAUCCAUCAGCUCAAAAAUUGUAUGACAUGUUACAAGCUGCUAGUCAAGAGGUGUGGCCAGGUUGUGAAACCCAUUCACAACUCUCAGUUGUUAUAAGGAUGUUGAACAUUAAGGCAGAACAUCAUUUGUUAGAAAGGUGUUUUGAUGACAUCUGCCAACUUAUGAAAGAGGUGUUACCAGUCAUUGUCACUCCUUACAAUUUGCCUCCUUGGUUAUGUAUGAAGGAUGUGUAUAUGUUCCUAACGGUAAUAGUUACUUGUCCGAGAAACCCGAAGGACAAAUUGGAUGUGUACUUACAGCCCCUUAUUGCAGAGUUGAAACAGUUAUGGGAAGUUAGAGUUGAGACAUAUGAUGCAUCUAAGAAGAAUAAUUUUAAUAUGCGGGUUGUGUUAUUAUGGAUAAUAAGUGAUUUCCCUGCAUAUUCAAUGUUGUCCGAUUGGAGCACAGCCGACAAGACUGCUUGUCCAUAUUGUAGGGAAGAUUCAGAUGCAUUCACAUUGACAAAGGGUGGUAAACAAUCAUGGUUUGACAAUCACUAUAAAUUCUUACUAACUGACCAUCCUUUCAGACGGAACAAAACUGCUUUUAGAAAGAACAAGACAGUUACAAAAAGAGCUCCCCCCAUUCUAACUGGUGAGGAGAUUCUAGAACAAAUACAACAUCUAGGAUUAAUGUGUGUCACAGAUAUGGGUGCAGAUGAGAAUAACAGUCGCAAAGCAAAAAAAAUUGGUUGGAAGAAAUAG